CAUCUUCUUCUUCUCAGCUUUUAGGGUUUCCAUUGUUCCGAUCAACAAAUUAGCUUCAAUGUCUACGAAUUCCAAUUGCACCGUCUACAUAGGAAACGUAGACGAGAGAGUAAGCGAUAGGGUUUUGUAUGAUAUCAUGAUUCAAGCUGGUAGAGUAAUCGAUCUACACAUUCCUCGUGAUAAAGAAACUGAUAAACCUAAAGGCUUUGCCUUUGCUGAGUAUGAGACUGAAGAAAUCGCCGAUUAUGCCGUUAAGCUUUUCUCCGGUCUUGUUUCGCUCUAUAAUCGGAAUCUGAAGUUCGCUAUAUCUGGACAGGAUAAGUUACAGGCGAAUUCCGGUCAGAGGACGAGACCGCAGUCUUUGGCUUUCGAGCAUUCGGAUAGAGGUUAUAAUCAUCAUCAAUCGGAGAGGUUUUCGUCGCAAUUGAUUUCUCCACCUUCACCACUGCCUCUGGAUAACACACAAGAGCCACCUCCACCAGGAGUAUCGAAUGGAGCCAGUUUGGAGUAUAGUAGAAGGCUUCUGGGUUCGGCACUAGAUAGUAUCAACCAUUCAAGACCACGUCGCUACUGAACUAGUGAUAAACACUUGCUCUUCUG